AUGCCUGAAGUGCUGCGAGACUCACCGGGCAUACCACCUGACUCACCGGGCAAACCGGUCACAUUGCGCGUGCAGCGGGGAACUCGGCGAUUCCCGGUACUCACCUGGUUCCCUGCCCACGACCCUGUCUCGAGUGAGGCGCAGCAUGACCGCUCUGGCAGCACCUCACACCAAGCCCUUCUCAACCUCCACACCCCUAUCCUGCGCCAGUCAUCAAAACACUAG